CUCUGUGGGACACUCAGCAUCCAUCCUCGCCAUCUUGCCUUGCCAUUACGACCCAACCAUCACUCAGCACUACUUUGUCACGACGAUCAUCGCCGCUCGACUCAAUAAACGCCUCGCACGAACAUCAUGACCAACCCAAAUCCGACGAAACGUCCCUUCAACCCAACGCUCUCAGCAGCAGAGGCCUUCCCUCCUCCCUCGACCUUUUCCUCCUACUCGACCGGCUCACCCAAUACGACCUUUAGCCGUACCGACUCGCGCUUGUCAUGCCAAAUGGCCAGCCGCCCCUCCUCCGAUGUGCUCGCGGGCUUGCAGAGCGUGGGAAUGCGGGCACGCAUGGCGGUAGAGAGGGGGUAUGAUGGGUCGAAUGGGGGUAGGGCAGGUACACCGCCCAGUGGUGCGGCCGUCCUUCCACCUCGAGCGACGUGGGGCAGGACACAAUCCAUGCCUACGUGGGGAAUGGCACAGCAGCAACAAGGCGCGAGGGAGCUGCAGCCUUUCGGCGAGGGGAAUGCCUGGCCCAGCGCCGUCGAGUAUGCCACUAUCCGCCAUCAGAAUCGCAGCGACGAUCUCAUGGAGGAGGAUGGCGCGAGUGUGGCCGCCUCCUCUUCCUCAUCGCUCAAACGCACCGCGGACGAUGUACUGGGCGAUGCCUUUGGCGAUGAAGAGGGCGACUUUGUCGACGAGGAGCAGGAGAAUGUCGACCUCGCUGCUGGACCGGGAAGCAUGGCUCCCCCUCCAGCGCCGAGGAGGACGAUCGCGCCCACUCCGGCAAGACUGGCACCGCGAGCCAAUCCAUUCGCUCAGGGGGCCAGCACUACGCACACCAUGCCUGCCAAUCUGGCUACGGCGGAAUACCUGCGAGCAGGGGCUGAUGGAGCCAACGAGCCGUGGGCCUCGAUGCGCUUCGACGACUUUGCCAAGAAGGAGGACUUCUAGGCCAGACCAGCUUGCGUAGUGUGCGCAAGAUGGACGAUGGACGACACUGCACUUUGUCCCUUCGCUUCCUUGAUCAAGAGGCCCACCAAGCCGACCGCAGCCAACCAGCAUCGCGGCUGCUCUUUCCAAUCUCGAGCCCUACGCGCCACGGCGCCUACCCACCAGCAUUUUCUCCUCCAACUCCCCAUCAUACCUCCUUGGGAGCCCAGCAAGGGCAGCCUGAACACCGUAGAGAGGCCUGUCCGUGCUCUCUCACACCACACGACCCAUUGGCUUCGCCCUCGUUUCUGACCCUCAAAGCGCAUCGUGCUCUCACCUGCUCCAUCUCGUCUCGCCUCGUCUACAGCAUCAUUUGUGCUCCUCAUCUUCCCAUAUCACGUCGCCAAUAGUAUGCUCAUUUUCAGCUGUGA